AUGGCGGUGCCGGCUCGGACCUGCGGCGCCGCUCGGCCCGGCCCCGCGCGUACUGCGCGACCCCGGCCCGGCCGCGGCCCCCGGCCCGGCCCCGGUGCCCGGCGCCUGGCGUCCCGGCCCCCGCGCCCGCUGCUGCUGCUGCUGCUGCUGCCGCCGCUGCUGCUGCUUCUCCCGCUGCUCGCCGCCCCCGGCGCCUCUGCCUACAGCUUCCCACAGCAGCACACGGUGCAGCACUGGGCCCGGCGCCUGGAGCAGGAGAUCGAAGGUGUGAUGCGCAUUUUCGGAGGCGUCCAGCAGCUCCGCGAGAUCUACAAGGACAACAGGAACCUGUUUGAGGUGCAGGAGAAUGAGCCCCAGAAGCUGGUGGAGAAGGUGGCCGGGGACAUCGAGAGCCUGCUGGACAGGAAGGUGCAGGCCCUGAAGAGGCUGGCCGACGCUGCAGAGAGCUUCCAGAAGGCCCACCGCUGGCAGGACAGCAUCAAGGAGGAAGACAUCAUGUACUAUGACGCCAAGGCCGACGCUGAGCUGGACGACCCUGAGAGUGAGGAUGUGGACAGGGGCUCGAAGGCCAGCACCCUGCGGCUGGACUUCGUCGAGGACCCGAACUUCAAGAACAAGGUCAACUACUCAUACACGGCUGUGCAGAUCCCCACGGACAUCUACAAAGGCUCCACUGUCAUCCUCAACGAACUCAACUGGACAGAGGCCCUGGAGAACGUGUUCAUGGAGAACCGCAGGCGGGACCCCACGCUGCUGUGGCAGGUGUUCGGCAGUGCCACGGGCGUCACCCGCUACUAUCCGGCUACCCCCUGGCGAGCCCCCAAGAAGAUAGACCUGUAUGAUGUGCGCAGGAGACCCUGGUACAUCCAGGGAGCCUCGUCGCCCAAGGACAUGGUCAUCAUUGUGGACGUGAGUGGCAGCGUGAGCGGCCUGACCCUGAAGCUGAUGAAGACGUCCGUGUGCGAGAUGCUGGACACGCUCUCUGACGAUGACUACGUGAACGUGGCCUCGUUCAACGAGAAGGCACAGCCUGUGUCGUGCUUCACACACCUGGUGCAGGCCAACGUGCGCAACAAGAAGGUGUUCAAGGAAGCUGUGCAGGGCAUGGUGGCCAAGGGCACCACGGGCUACAAAGCCGGCUUUGAGUACGCCUUUGACCAGCUGCAGAACUCCAACAUCACUCGGGCCAACUGCAAUAAGAUGAUCAUGAUGUUCACGGAUGGCGGCGAGGACCGUGUGCAGGACGUCUUUGAGAAGUACAACUGGCCCAACCGGACGGUGCGCGUGUUCACUUUCUCCGUGGGGCAGCACAACUACGACGUCACCCCGCUGCAGUGGAUGGCCUGUGCCAACAAAGGUUACUACUUUGAGAUUCCUUCCAUCGGAGCCAUCCGCAUCAACACGCAGGAAUAUCUAGACGUGUUGGGCAGGCCUAUGGUGCUGGCAGGCAAGGAGGCCAAGCAGGUGCAAUGGACCAACGUGUAUGAGGAUGCCCUGGGGCUGGGGUUGGUGGUAACAGGGACCCUCCCUGUUUUCAACCUGACACAGGACGGCCCUGGAGAAAAGAAGAACCAGCUGAUCCUGGGCGUGAUGGGCAUCGACGUGGCUCUGAAUGACAUCAAGAGGCUGACGCCCAACUAUACACUUGGAGCCAACGGCUAUGUGUUUGCCAUUGACCCGAACGGCUACGUGUUGCUGCAUCCCAAUCUGAGGCCCCAGACCACCAACUUCCGGGAGCCCGUGACUCUGGACUUCCUGGACGCAGAGCUGGAGGACGAGAACAAGGAGGAGAUCCGUCGCAGUAUGAUCGACGGCAACAAGGGCCACAGGCAGAUCCGAACGUUGGUCAAGUCCCUGGAUGAGAGGUACGUAGAUGAGGUGAUUCGGAACUACACCUGGGUGCCUAUAAGGAGCACCAACUACAGCCUAGGGCUGGUGCUCCCGCCCUACAGCACCUUCUACCUCCAAGCCAACCUCAGCGACCAGAUCCUGCAGGUCAAGUAUUUUGAGUUCCUGCUCCCCAGCAGCUUUGAGUCUGAAGGACAUGUUUUCAUUGCUCCCAGAGAGUACUGCAAGGACCUGAAUGCGUCUGAUAACAACACCGAGUUCCUGAAGAACUUCAUUGAGCUCAUGGAGAAAGUGACUCCAGACUCCAAGCAGUGCAACAACUUCCUCCUGCACAACCUGAUCUUGGACACGGGCAUCACCCAGCAGCUGGUGGAGCGCGUGUGGCGGGACCAGGAUCUCAACACGUACAGCCUUCUGUCUGUGUUCGCCGCCACGGACGGCGGCAUCACCCGCGUCUUCCCCAAUAAAGCGGCUGAGGACUGGACAGAAAACCCCGAGCCCUUCAAUGCCAGCUUCUACCGCCGCAGCCUGGAUAACCAUGGUUAUGUCUUCAAGCCCCCACACCAGGAUGCCCUGUUGAGGCAGCUGGAGCUGGAGAACGACACGGUGGGCAUCCUUGUCAGCACGGCAGUGGAGCUCAGCCUGGGCGGGCGCACCCUGAGGCCAGCAGUGGUGGGCGUCAAGCUGGACCUAGAGGCUUGGGCUGAGAAGUUCAAGGUGCUCGCCAGCAACCGUACCCACCAGGAUCAGCCUCAUAAGUGCGGCCCUAGCAGCCACUGUGAGAUGGACUGCGAGGUUAACAAUGAGGACCUGCUCUGCGUGCUCAUUGAUGACGGCGGAUUCCUGGUACUGUCGAACCAGAACCACCAGUGGGACCAGGUGGGCAGGUUCUUCAGUGAGGUGGAUGCCAACCUGAUGCUGGCGCUCUACAACAACUCCUUCUAUACCCGCAAGGAGUCCUACGACUACCAGGCGGCCUGUGCCCCCCAGCCUCCUGGCAACUUGGGUGCUGCACCCCGGGGUGUCUUUGUGCCCACCAUUGCAGAUUUCCUUAACCUGGCCUGGUGGACCUCUGCUGCGGCCUGGUCCUUGUUCCAGCAGCUUCUCUAUGGCCUCAUCUACCACAGCUGGUUCCAGGCGGACCCCGCAGAGGCCGAGGGGAGUCCUGAGACGCGCGAGAGCAGCUGUGUCAUGAAACAGACCCAGUACUACUUCGGCUCGGUGAACGCCUCCUACAACGCCAUCAUCGACUGCGGAAACUGCUCCAGGCUGUUCCACGCGCAGAGGCUGACCAACACCAACCUUCUCUUCGUGGUGGCGGAGAAGCCGCUGUGCAGCCAGUGCGAGGCUGGCCGGCUGCUGCAGAAGGAGACGCACUCGGACGGCCCGGAGCAGUGCGAGCUGGUGCAGAGACCGCGAUACCGGAGAGGCCCGCACAUCUGCUUCGACUACAACGCGACGGAAGAUACCUCAGACUGUGGCCGCGGAGCCUCCUUCCCGCCGUCGCUGGGCGUCCUGGUCUCGCUGCAGCUGCUGCUGCUCCUGGGCCUGCCGCCCAGGCCGCAGCCCCAAGUCCACGCCCACGCGUGCCACCGCCCCUGA